CGAGAGUCGGAACUGCGAUUGCCAUGGCGACCGCGACGCGCGUGGAGCUCCGGCGGUUGGCGCAGGAGGCCGCGGCCCUGGCCGGCGUCGUCCGCGGCUCCCUGGGACCUCGCGGCGGCCAAGUGCUGCUUACGCGCCCCACGGGGGAGGUGCUGCUAUCGCGCGACGGGCGGCGGGUGCUGGAGGCGCUGAAUGCGGACUCGCCCACGGCCAGAAUGAUGAUAGCAUGUAUUUCCACACACUGCAAUCUGAUUGGAGAUGGUGCUAAAACAUUCAUCAUUCUGCUCUCCGCUUUCCUGCAAGGACUUGAAGAGCUUAUUGAAAGAGAUGGUGCUCCCUUUUGCAAGAAUGUUCAAGGAAGAGAGAAACAUAAGGGAAAGUGUUAUGGAUUGAACCAAGUCUCCCGGUUUCUUAUGGUGCUCCAUACCCACAUCCUCGACCGCAUAGUGAUACAGGACCUAGAAAAACAUUUUCUGUCAGUCUUUUCUGCUGAUGAUGCAGACCUAAAGAGAAGUGCAGUGGAGUCAGUAUUAGAAGCUUAUUUUUGUGGUAAAGUAGUCAAUGAGCAACAAAAGUUUAUUUCCCAGUUAAGCUGUGAUUUCUACUAUAAAGCCACCAGUGGUAAAAAUGCAACUGAAGUACUACAUUUGGUGGAUGAAUGCUUUGCUGAGUUGCAUACAGCUGUAAUGGGUCUUCCUGUUUCAAGUUCAAGGAUCCUAGAAGGGCUUGUUCUUCAAAGAGAUUUUGCUGUGUAUUGUCCCUCGGAGGGUGAGAAAAGAGUUCUGAUCGUAACAGAACCUAUCCACACAGCUCUUUCUGACUUAGGUGUAGAAGUGGUCAUAACCACCGAACCUCAGUAUCAAGCGUCUGAACUCUGGAUUACAAAAAGAACAGAAGCCAUAAUAAGACACAUGCAGCACAAUAAUAUCAAGGUAUUAUUGUCCAGUGUAAAACAACAUGAAGUGGUUCAUUACUGUGCAGAGAACUGUGGCAUAUCUGUUGUAGAAUGCUUGUCACUGGAGGAAAUCUCUCUUAUUUGCAGGAUUACAAGAAUUUCACCUGUUAGGCCUUCACAGGACAAUAUUCACUCUGUGGUCACUGAAACUGGUGUUGCAAAAUUUUGCCAACCUCUGCAGCUUGGUGCAAAGAGAUACGUCCACAUUGGUUUGACAGGGGCUCAUGCUUUUCAGCCUCACUGUGUGAUUCUCUGUGGGCCUGUCCGUGGGAUUACUGAGCAGCACGCUUGUGCUUUUCAUGCUGCAUUCAAAAUGCUACGGCAAUUGUUUAUGGUAAUUAACCUAACUGAGUGUUAUGAACCAAAAUCGGAAAGGUGGAACCUUUUAAACAGUCAGCAGGGGUUGGCUGAACAACAGCAAUUUAAGGAGAAACCCAUUGACUACGAUAAUAUUCAGGCUCUUGACAAGCAACUGAUACCUUGUGGGGUUGAAACAGAAAAGUUAGUUUCUGCUGCAGUAGGGGCCAAAGACUUAGCAGGUGUAUGUACGCAUCUGUGUAAGUCCUCAUGCAUUGCCACUCCCAGUGUAGAUUUAGAACAUAGUACUGUGUGCUCAGUACUGAAUGAAAGUGGAAAUAGUAUUGUUGACUUUAAAAAGCUACCUCUGGAAUAUAAGCAUCCAGACAAAAUUGGAGUUGCUGAGAGUGAAUUGUCUGAAAACAUUCAGCCUGUUCCCUCUACAGUUGAGGAAAGCACCAGUAGCAGAUAUGCAUUAGUGCAGCUACAAGCCAGUAAGGAUGGCUAUACAGGGCCUGGUUAUGGAACUUCAGUUAAAGGUGGGGGGAGUAAUAAAAGCUGUAUCCAAGGUAAUGCCAGCUCUUCUAUAAAGGCAGGAGCAGUUGUGCCAGCUGGUGGAAUCUUUGAGAUCUUGUUGCAUUACUAUCUGUCUUGCUAUGCAAGGCAGUGCCAAUCAACCAGUACAUCUGUCCUUUGCUUCCUAAUUGCUGAUGUGCUGCUAAGCAUUCCAAAAACCAUCUGCAAAACACAGCAAAAGAACAGUUUUGCUCGGCUCUAUCUUGAAGUUACCGGUGCCCUAAGAAGUCAGCAGCAGCUAGUGUUGACCAAUCACAAAAGCCUCGAAUCGGUGUCUUGCAAAUAUCACUUGGUGGCUUCUGUUUUCCAGUGUGCAGCGAGGCUUCUUAAUAUUGACCUAAUAAUUGGCAUUAAAAAGGUGCCUCAGAAGGCUGUGGAAAGUGACUCAGAAGAUGAUCAGUGA